AUGGCGGGGGCAGCAAUAACCACCACCACCGGUAUUAGAUUAUGUUCAUCUUCAUCAUCACUGCUGCCGCCCUUAAAUUGUACUAGUAUUCCACUUAUUCAUUAUAAUAAUCGCCUUUUUCUAUCUUCUUCCCCAUUAUUAUUAUUAUCAACAACAUUAUCCAAACACCAAAAUUAUCACCGAAUUCUAACCACCGCUGCCUGUCACUCUUCUUCUUCUUCUUCUUCUUCUUCACAAUUAUCAUCUUCAAAUAAUAGUUCAUUUUUUACAAAGCUCUAUGUCAGUGGACUCUCAUUUAGAACAUCCGAGGAGAGCUUGCGGAAUGCUUUCCAGUCAUUUGGCCAGCUGAUUGAAGUGAAUCUGGUGAUGGAUAAGAUUGCUAACAGAUCAAGAGGGUUUGCUUUCCUUCGUUAUGCAACAAAGGAGGAAUCUGACAAGGCCAUUGAGGGUAUGCAUGGAAAGUUCCUUGAUGGGAGGGUUAUAUUUGUUGAAUUCGCUAAACCUAGGUCUCAGCUCAAUCAAGGCAUCAAACAGGACUCAAAGCCAUACCGCUGAGUGUAUACAUGCUUAUAAGGUUUCUCACAUUUCUUAUGUGUUGAGAAUGCAUCCAUGUUACCAUUUACCAAGCUACAUUUGAACAGUAUUAGUGGUGCCGAAAAUCUAAUUAGGGAUGCAAAUUUUACAGAUCUAUUAGUAUUAUAGAGGAAAUCUGUCUAGUUUAUGAUCUUAAUGGACUUCCUGGCCCUGCUUACCUUAGCUUUGGUUAAAUCUUAAUGCAUAUGAAAUUUGCACCUGCCCUGUAAUAGUAUAUUGAAAUGACAUUUUUAUGUUCGUUAUAUAAUUUAGACAGAGUUACGUGGAGGGAGCAACCGUGUAACGAAACACGUGUGUUAGGGACUGAACUUGUAGAAUUCUGGAUUGUCAUGAAAAUGACCAAGCACAAAGACCAUAUAUUAAUGUAUCGAAACUCGGGUUGAUCCUGCCUGAUUGACUGAUUGAA